CGGUUCUUUUUUUUUAACCAAAACACAUCCCAAGCCAUUUUAAACAAAAAGCGAGAAAUCAACAACCUCAGAAUGGUAGAUUUAAGUUCGUAUAAAAAAGCCGAAUUAUUGUCUGUGGCCCACAAGGUCAACGUGGCUGCCAACAGCAAGGACACUAAGAAGACGUUGAUCGAGAAAAUCGAGGCCUACAUCAGCGAGGCUGGUACCACCGGUGAGGAAUUGGUGGAAGCAGGCUUGGAAGCAACCGAUGAUGAUAGUGAAGAUGAUGCGUCAACUUUAAUUGAUCCACAACCUAAGGAAACCGAAGAAGACGACGAGGAGUACAAGGGCCCUCCUAUCGACGUGCUCAAGUACUUUGACCCGAUCAUCAAGUGUGCUGAGGAAAAAUACCAAAAGGUGUUGGAGUUCACUGACAAGGUUGGUAUCACUACUUUGGAAUACAAUGAUGAAUUAAGAGAAAACUUGUCAGGUACCAUCACAUUGAAUUACAUCGAGUUGAUCUUCGAGUUCACCUACUUUAUCUACACGUUUGUGCCUUUGGUGGCGAUCAAGGAUAAUGCUAGUAUCCACCCAUACCUCAAGAACUUGAUUCCUUUCUUGUCGGACAUCACUUUGAAGAUCCCAGACUUAACCUACUUGUUCAACUUCAAGGUCUUGUCGAUUGCUUUGAACUGGGGGGCCUACGCGGUGUUAUUGCCAUUGUUGUUGUCGUUCUACUUCAACUUUUCCAGAAGAACCAUUUUGGUUGACGAAGAUACCAGUGUAUUGUUGAGAAUCUACAAGUAUGAUCCUUUUAUCUUUGCCUUGUCGAAGGUGUUGAUAUUCUUCUUCAUUACCUAUAACACCGGUUCGUUGUCGGUCUGGAGUUCCUACUCUUCUUUAUUUAAGGCCUUGCAAACCCACUUUUUGAUUCAACUCGGGUUCUACAAGGAAUACACCUUGUUAUUGGGUAACUUCCCAUUGGUUUUGGGAAUUGCCAAUGUUGUCAUUGGUCUCUAUGCUCAAUUUGAAGACUUCUAGUCUUUGUGUACUGUCUAUCUUUGUUUUAUUAUGUUUAUUACUGUAACAUUAGCUAUGUUUUCAAUAAAUAUCUCCGUGAUUAAUAUUACAUUG